CGUCACAUCGCCCUCAAUAAGCGAGCGUUUAUUCUGGACAAAACACAAACAGAACGCAACGCAAUGCAAUGGAGAAGUUGAACUGCUUCUAACUUUACGCGUUAAGCUGAAGGAAAAAAUCUAAAAUAUUACCAGCUAGACGCGACGCGACGGUUUGGGAAGUCGGAUUGACGCAUACAUUACCCCACAUUAAAACAGCAGAGAGGAAGCAGAAGGACGCGUCCUGCGCGGGUCAUUCCAACCCCGAGCUACUGAAGGGUGUCCAUCCACCCUCUUCCAGCACGUAGUCAUGACAACAGCCCCGGAUGAUGGAGCGAGAGGUUAGACAGGUUUUAGGUUGCGCAGAGACAGAGCCACGCGAUCACGCUAUACUUUCACAUGUCUCCUGCCUCUUUUAUCAUCGUCAUUAUCAAAGCUAUCGGGAAGCAUGGUGCAUCACUCGGGAUCCAUACAGUCCUUCAAGCAGCAAAAGGGUAUGCACAACAGUAUCAGUGAGAUUUUAAAGGAGAAGACCCUGAAGUCGUCUCGCCGCAGUUUGCCAUGUCUGGCUCAGAGUCAGACGCAUCCUCAAAACCUCAACCACUUCCUGUCUGUGCCUCUGAAUCCUGAACCCAAAACAUACACAAACAGCAUCAGUGCCUCCUGUACACACAUCACACCUCCUCCCACCGACACGGGUCAGGAUGUUUGUACGGAAGAGAGAGAGGUUGGGGAUUUUGAGCCUAAAACAGACGAGGUGCUCCUUGUCCAGAAAAAGCCGAUGUCCAGAGGAAAACUAGAGGCCCGUACAGAAUCCAUACAGGGGAACAACCUGGACAACCCUUCUGGACUGAUGUUUCGAGAUGGGAAGAAACGCAUCGACUACAUCUUAGUAUAUAAGAAAUCCAGUCCUCAGGUGGAGAAGAGGUGCACAUUUGAGAGGAAUCUGCGGGCAGAGGGUAUAAUGCUGGAAAAGGAGCCCUCAUUAACCAACAGUGAUAUCAUGUUUGUGAAGAUUCAUGCGCAGUGGGACACGUUGUGUAAAUAUGCUGAGCAGAUGAACAUCAGAAUGCCUUUUAGGAGAAAGUGUUACUUCACAGACUGGAAGAAAAAAAAUCUGGGCAGUCCAUUUCAGCUGAAAUUUCGUCAGGUAAAGAGUUGGUUGCCCAGGAACCCUAUGAAACUGGACAAAGAGGCGUUACCAGAUCUAGAAGAAUCCGACUGCUACACGGCGCCCUUCAGCAGGGCUAGAAUGCACCAUUUUAACAUCAACAACAAAGAGACUUUUUUCUCAACCUCGACAAGGAGCAGAAUAGUACAUCAUGUACUACAGCGGAUGAAGUAUGAGGAUGGGAAAUCUAAGAUGGGCAUCAAUCGGUUACUUGGCAACAGCACGUACGAGGCAGCGUUUCCUCCACAUGAGGGAAGUUAUAAAAGUCGACAUCCGAUAAAGACUCACGGGGCUCAGAACCACAGACACCUUCUCUAUGAAAGAUGGGCACGCUGGGGAAUGUGGUACAAAUACCAGCCAUUAGACCUCAUUCGGCGGUACUUUGGGGAGAAGAUCGGCCUGUAUUUUGCAUGGCUGGGCUGGUACACAGGUAUGCUGAUCCCUGCUGCCCUAGUCGGCCUCUUCGUUUUUCUCUAUGGUCUGUUCACCAUGGACUCUAGCCAAGUAAGUAAAGAGAUCUGUGAGGCCCACAGCACCAUCAUGUGCCCCAUGUGCGAAGGCAACUGUAGCUCCUGGACGCUGAGUGACAGCUGUGUCUAUGCAAAGGUGACCCAUCUUUUUGAUAAUGGAGGCACAGUCUUCUUUGCUAUUUUCAUGGCAAUAUGGGCCACCGUGUUCCUUGAGUUCUGGAAGAGGAGGAGGGCGGAGCUCACCUAUGACUGGGAUUUGAUCGACUGGGAAGAAGAGGAGUGUAAAUCCUGUGUCAUGAUGUGUUCUGAGGAACUACGGCCCCAGUUUGAAGCCAAAUACUCGCGGAAGGAGAGAGUAAACCCCAUCUCAGGAAAACCAGAACCCUUCCAGCCCUUCACAGACAAAUUCAGCCGGCUUAUGGUGUCUGUUUCGGGAAUCUUCUUUAUGAUCUCUUUAGUUCUGACAGCCGUGUUUGCCGUGGUGGUGUUCCGGCUCAUUGCCAUGGAGAAGUUUGCCUCCUUCCAGUGGGAGUUUGUGAAGAAGAACUGGCAGUUUGCGACCUCAGGCACUGGAGUUUGCAUUAACUUCAUGAUCAUCAUGUCUCUUAAUGUGGUCUAUGAGAAAGUGGCAUAUCUACUCACAAAUCUGGAACACCCGCGGACAGAGUCCGAAUGGGAAAAUAGCUUUGCCCUCAAGAUGUUCCUCUUCCAGUUUGUCAAUCUCAACAGCUCCACCUUCUACAUAGCAUUCUUUUUAGGGAGGUUUGCUGGCAGGCCGGGCGACUAUAAUAAGCUGUUUAACCGAUGGAGGAUGGAGGAGUGUCACCCCAGUGGUUGUCUGAUUGACUUGUGCUUACAAAUGGGGGUAAUCAUGGUGUUCAAACAAAUCUGGAACAAUUUCAUGGAGCUGGGCUACCCACUGCUGCAGAAUUGGUGGUCUCAACGUAAGAUCAAGCGUGCGGGUGAGCCGAGUAGAAGUAAAGAAAAGCUUUCUCAGUGGGACAGAGACUGGAACCUUCAGCCCAUGAAUGCACACGGCCUGGUAGACGAGUAUCUGGAAAUGGUUUUGCAGUUCGGUUUCACCACAAUUUUCGUGGCGGCCUUUCCUCUGGCUCCACUGCUGGCUUUGCUCAACAACAUCAUUGAAAUCCGAUUGGACGCCUACAAGUUUGUCACACAGUGGAGACGACCAAUGCCGGCCCGUGCUACUGAUAUCGGCAUCUGGCAUGGCAUCCUGGAGGGAAUUGGAGUUGUGGCAGUCAUAACAAAUGCUUUUGUCAUCGCCAUUACUUCAGACUACAUCCCUCGCUUUGUCUAUGCGUUCAAAUACGGCCCCUGUGUGGACAAGGGUUACCGGCAUGAGAAAUGUCUUAGAGGAUACCUGAACAACAGCUUAUCUGUCUUUGAUAUGGGCGAGCUUAAAAACGGAAGUUAUCACACGCGAUAUUGCAGAUAUCGGGAUUACAGAGCGCCUCCAUGGAGUCCUGAGCCUUAUGAGUUCACCCUGCAGUUCUGGCACGUUUUGGCUGCCAGACUAGCCUUCAUCAUUGUCUUUGAGCAUCUGGUGUUUGGCAUUAAGACCUUCAUAGCCCACAUGAUUCCAGACAUGCCCAAAGACCUGUGUGAUCGCAUGCGUAGAGAGAAAUACCUGAUGCAGGAAAUGAUGUACGAGGUGGAACUGGAGCAUUUGCAGAACGAACGGAAAAAUAAUGGCAAACAGUAUCACCACGAGUGGCCUUAGCCGUGCCCAACCCAUGAACGCACACAUUUACACGUAAAAAUCGCAUUUACACGAAAGCACAUCGAGACUGGGAAGGACGUACAUGCUCAACCAUUCUGCGGCCUUGGACAGCUAGCUUUACUGAAUCCAUGCAUGGGCUGCCCAAUUCAGAUUAUAAUUUCUGUGUAGAACUCUGUGGUUGAGGUCAAAACCUGAUCUCCGGCUGGGCCUUUAGAGCCUGGAGUUGGCAGCUGUGCUCUGCACCAAAGAGGUUCUUCUCAGUCACAUGACGCCUGCCUGAGACCUCCAAUCAUCUGCAUUUCAUCCCCCUGAGGGUGUUUACACGCUAGAGAUAGCUUGGGUGUCUAGAGGUGUUUACGAUAGCAGAAAGACCCAGAACAGUUUGAAAACAAGAAAAAGCGAUUUGGACGAAAGCAUGACUAGAUUCACCUUUCAAAUUUUUUAUUUCUCCACCGAAUGAAUUUAACGUGUUCAAAUUAACUCUAGUGUCUUGGUGUCCUGAGUUACUUCUCUCAAAGUGGUAAAGAUCGUUCUGCACUGGCACCGGUCAAGUAUUUCUCGUCUUAGUAUUUCUCGUGAAAACAGAGCUGUCUGUGCAGCUGGAUUGUUUACUAUGCAGAUGAAGGGCUUUGGAGUUCCUCUUUCUGCUCGCCUACUCGUCUACCUGUUUCUCACUCUGUGUGUGGCAGCUAGCGUCCCUCUGUGAAGCGGCUCUCUACGUGUAGCCAGGCAAAGUAACAACGUUAACACAAAAUAAUACAGUUUUUACCAAUACUAACUCCUACCAACGCCCUCUCGCGUCGCUUGCCGGCAUCUCACGUUGUGAUCUUUGUUACAGAGGUGGUUUCUGGUGAAGAUUACCAAAUAAAAUUUAGUUUGUUUAUGCAAAAGACAGUUUUAAUGUAAUUUAUAGCCCUGGAAAAGAUAUGCAGUUUUGCAGUUUCAAUACAAGUAGUUUUGUCAAGGCAAAAUAAAAAUAAAACAGCAAAUAGCGCCAACUUGGGCAAAACAAUCAAAUGAAAAAAAAAAUAGCAAGCGUGGUUUUUUAUUGCAUGUUUUUUUUUUUCAAUCUACCUGUUUUUGUAAAAAGACAAUGGUGUGAAUUCACUAAACAGUCUAGUGUGCCGAUUUAGCGUGCUGCAAUUUUUUGCUUAAAACUUCUGUAGUAUUUGUUAACCAUCCGCGAUCAUGGUUAAUCAGAUAUUAGAUGCUGAUAAAGCACUGCUCUGUUAGUUUUUUUUUAAACUUAAAGCGUAACUAAACCCUAAACCAACUUUUUUUAGUUAAUGAUCUGUAAGAAUGGGGCUUUAUUAGUGCUGUUCAUUGAUUUUAGUAACUUUUUUGACAUUUGGAUAUAAAGUGUUUCAAUACUACAAUACAUGGUGUAAAAACGUCUGAGUGCUGCCCUCUUCAGGUUGAAUGGUGGCUACUGCAGUUGAAUUUUCCUAUUGGAUGGUGGGUCCAAAAUAUGACUCGUGACGUAAGCAGGUUCAAGAUCACCACGCCCUUGUUACGAUCUCACCACACACUUAGUUCGUCCCCUCUAUCUCCUUGGGAUCUGCCCACUUUUCUUGCAUUUUUCAAAUAUUGCCAGUGGGUGGAGUCAGGCUCUGACCAGGGGUUUAGUUACGCUUUAAGCCUUUGUCCUAGUUUUAGGGCAAACUCACAUUCUUCUAAUAUACAUUAAGCCUAUUUGUGUUGUCAAUUUAACAAAUUCAUUUAGUACAAAUCAUAAUUAGAAAAUCCCAGAAUUAACCUCACCCUAAUGUCGUUUCACACCCGUAAAACUUUGUUAAUCUUUAGAACGCAAAUGAAGAGAUUUAGACAGCAAUAGACAGCAAUGCAACUCACAACUUUCGAGCCCAGAAAGUAGUCCACAUGACUUCAGCGGUUCAAUUUUCAUUUCAUAAAGCAUCGAAAAUACUUUUAGUGCUAAUAAAGUCAGUCUCUGACACCUAUUCAUGAAAGCAGAACAUGCAUGCAUUAAACAUGCAUAUUUAUUAUUUAUUUAUUUAAUGCUGUCGUUUAAAAGACAUGCAUACAAUUGGUUUUGAUAUUUAUUUAAUGGCAGCAUGCAGUGUGUGCCAUGCCAUCCUGUGUAUGCAGGAAUGCUGAGUAUGCUGGAAGCUAAUGAACAAUAUUCCAUUGUGAAUAUAACCAAUUAGAAAAUCCAAACAGCACAGAUGAAUAAAUCCAACUUCACAUUACAAUUACAACAUUAGACAUGGAAGUGGUUUGAAAAAUUACCAUUGGGACAAUUGACAUGAAAAACAUGUUGUGUUUAAUUGUUCUGUUAUGCACAUGUGUAUAUGCACAUGUUUAGAUGUGCAUUCAUUAAGCUGAUGAAACGGGUCGUGACAGCAGAAUGUCAUUCUUUCACUACCUUUCAAAACUCAAGGCAAUGGCUGUGUUCAGAAUUGCAUACUAGGCCACUAUUCUUGUACUUUUCUGCAGUAUACACUACAUACAUACAGUACUGUGCACAAUAUACGUAUUUGGUAUAAGUAUGGAAUGCCCAAAUGAUCCACUACAUGGCCAAACUGUGCAUAAAACCAAAGCAAAGUGCAUUGAUAAGGUGACCACCCAUCUUAGUUUGUGUUGUACCACACCAUUUUGAAUCUUAAUCCCAUACGUCACAUAUUAGAGAGAAUUUCCCGCAUUUUUAUAAGUGUUGGUUUUUAAUUGUCAAAACAUGGAUGCGUUCUUAAAAAUGUGUGUUUCUUCAUUAUGUGCAGCGCUUUGUCAAAAGCAGCAACCCCGCUCACAUAAAUAGGUGCACUCGACUUCAUAGGGUCCGACAGGCGGAUGACAUCAAAGUACACUACUUGCAUUUGUGUCGGAACCCUUAUAUGUGGGUGGGACAAGACCCACUCACUUUUUAAGACCAGUGAAAUUGGACCCACUCACUUUUUCUCUUUUUUAUCAAAUAUGUCUGUUCACUUGUCAAAGCACUGUCAGUCAAAUCCAUUCCACUAGAGGAAUGCUCUAAUAAAUUAAACACCGUUUCCGCUACAGCCUUGACUUCCAGGCUGCUGCUUUCUCAAAUCCAUUCCACUUGACUCAUUUAGAGUCCAUAUAAUUCAAACUCCAUAUCAUGUUUUUGAAAAUUUUACUACUUUUACCUGAUGCACUCCAGGCCACAAAAGAACAAGGUGAACAAAGUGUUUAGGCUAAAAGGAGUUGUCUAACAGAAUACAAGAAAAUGGUAUCUACUCCAGUAAAUGUUUUGGACCCACCCACAUUUGUAUGAUUUCUCAGAUCGCUUUCAUGGUACUUUGAUGAGGCAUGAACUUAAACAAUUGACUGUUAUUAACUCAUUGACGAGUAAUCUUGUCAACGAAGACUGUUGUUAACUCAUUGAAGAGUAAUCCUGUCAACGAAGAGAAAACAAAGUUUUCUCCGGCGAUCCAAAUUUCCGCUAUUAUCCAACAGGUGGCGCUCUUACCCAACUUAUAGACCCCUUAAAAGUUUGUAAACAUUGCAACGUCUCCGGGUGGGCGGGGCUUAGCUGGAGGCAAAAAGAGCCGUGGAUGUUGACAAGUGUAAGCUAGCAUGUUUUAGGAGGGAUUUAAUAAACAUGGAUGCAGGAGAAGUUUCGGAACUGUACAAUCACUGAUUCUGCGGAAACGGGACAGCUAUUUUUGUUAAUUAACUCUCCCAGUUUUAACCAAUUUUUGGAUAUUUCCAUACUGGUUUGGGGAAUUUUGUCAAGGCUUAUUGUCUAAUGUAUGGAGGACCACAAGAGUCAUGCAAAAUGUAAUAAAGAGCGUCAAUAUUUAAUAACUAACUGGACAAUAAAAAUAGCAAUUAAUAGAUUUGUUUAAAAAUUAUUUAAUUAAUCCAUAAAUAAAUAGACAAAGUUAAAUAAAUAAAAAUAAUCAUUAUGUAACAUUUUAUUAGGCAAUAAAAGGUGAGUGUCAUGGUACGUUUAUAGACAAAAGAGAACCCACACGCAAGCACGACUUAAAUAAUAAUAAACAGAAGGUUUAUUACCACAAACACAAAAACCCACGUGGGGGUAAAACAGAUGAUGAGUACAUACGGUGAUAAAACACGAAACACAGGAACAAAGAAACACUGAGGAAGGUAACAGAUAUCAGGAACACGAUUCAGGUAACCGGACAACAGGAAUUAUGGAUUAAUAAAUGGAUUAAUAAGGAUUAAUAAGGUUCUCCUUAUUCUUUUUGCUAUUUGAUUUGCUUUUUGUGUUAGCCUCUCUAUUUAGCUUUUCCGGGACUCUUUGGGUCCUCAUCCGAGAUCUAUAAAUCUGCGCAUGACGUACUUUUGAGUGUUUUAUGUUGUUUUUGUAAAUUGUUAUAUUAAUUUGAACUAUUUAUUAAUGGAUUAAUAUUUCAUUUCUACGUUUUUUAUAAUCUCACCUUUUA